AUGCGUGCACUCUUUUUUCUUGGGUUGGUGGUAUGGGUCAAACCUCUGGUCAACAUGUUAAAGAAAGCUUCUGCUCAUUUUGGCCAGAACGAGUGCUGGCACCUGGAACAUCGACUUCUAGCACUGCAACGCCAUUCGCGGGCACGAACCACGUCGACGCGCAUCUUCCUGACAACUUGGGAACAUUGUCCUCCAGCAUUUGUUUCCAUUCAAGUCGCAAUUUUACCUUCUUCUUUUAACCCAGAAGCACGUUCGCAACCGAGGGCUUCGAUUUCAUAUCUAGGGGUUGGCGCCGCACAAAUUUGUAACACGCUAUCACGAGUAAUCUCAUCCCUCACAAAGUCAAUGCACGCCGUAGGUUGUGGAGACCGGAGGAGGAGCACACAUCGUUCCGAUGAACUGUAA